UCACCUGACCGCUAUUUGAAUAUUGAUGCUCUCUCUCUCUCUGCUGCCACCACAUUGGUCCUGCCCUCUGUGUUGUUGAUGUUGUGUGACAUUGUCUGGCUGAGAUCAUCCUCACAACACAGAGAGAUUUCACCGACAAAAUGUCCUCGCUGCUGAAGCCGUUUUCGGUGUGUGAGGGGCCUUGUGAGAGCUCCGGCGUGAGGAGAGGAUCAGCGAGCUCUGCCCCGCAUCAGCAGUCUUCAGCCCGGCGUCUGGCCGCCGCGGGGCUCGGCUCUCUGCCGGCUCACCAGCGGUCCUACGCGGCGAGGAGGAACCUGGCGGCCGCUGCAGUCGGAGGGAGGAAAAUCACGCAUCCUGGAAAGGCUAUCCUUGCAGGUGGCAUAGCAGGAGGAAUCGAGAUCUGCAUCACCUUCCCAACAGAGUAUGUCAAGACCCAGCUGCAGCUAGACGAGAGAGCGAACCCUCCGCGGUACAGAGGGAUCGGUGACUGUGUGAAGCUGACCGUGCAGGAUCACGGCCUCAGAGGGUUGUAUCGCGGCCUCAGCUCCCUGCUUUACGGAUCUAUACCCAAGUCUGCAGUGAGGUUCGGCACGUUCGAAAUGCUCAGUAACCCGAUGCGAGACGCGACAGGCCGGCUGGACAACACGCGGAGCCUUCUGUGUGGUCUAGGAGCCGGCAUUACAGAAGCAAUCGUGAUCGUCUGCCCAAUGGAGACGCUGAAGGUGAAGCUGAUCCAUGACCAGUGUUCCCUCAGACCUCGCUACAGAGGAUUCUUCCAUGGAGUUAGUGAGAUCAUCAGAGAACAGGGAGUGAGAGGGACGUAUCAAGGUCUGACAGCGACUGUGCUCAAACAAGGAACCAAUCAGGCCAUCCGAUUCUAUGUGAUGAACUUGCUGCGUAAUUGGUACAAAGGUGAUGACCCCAGAAAAGAAAUGCACCCAAUCGUCACAGCAAUGUUCGGGGCGACUGCAGGAGCUGCCAGCGUCUUUGGAAAUACACCUCUGGAUGUGGUGAAGACGAGGAUGCAGGGUUUGGAGGCGUAUCGGUACAAAAACACAGUGGACUGUGCCUUCCAGAUCUUGAAGCAGGAAGGACCUCAGGCGUUCUACAAAGGAACGGUUCCCAGGCUGGGCAGGGUGUGCCUGGACGUGGCCAUAGUUUUCGUCUUAUAUGAGGAGGUGGUCAAACUUCUGAACAAUGUGUGGAAGACCCAAUAGACCCCCCCGUGGACAAGGGGGGACAGAGAUCCAGAGGGAUGCACAGACCAGUGCCUCAUGCUACGCACAACUGAACACCUCUAUUCUACUUCAUCUCGGCUCUCUGCAUUUCCCUGAGCUUGUGACAACUUCAUCUUCACCAGAUUGAAUAUUACAAAUCUGUGAUUUAAAGGACCUAUUCUGAACAACACAAAAAGAAAAAGGAAGAGCGAAUCUGAAAGCCGUUUUCCAGAUCACGCUUUGGAAUCGAGAGUGAUGAUUCUUACUCUGAAGGAAAAAAAGGGAAAUGAAGUACCUUAGUGAUGUGUUAUUCUUUGCUUCUGACCAAACUUGUAGACUCCACCUCGAGUCUUUUGACCAGAAAAAAAAAUACGAGUAUGAAGAGAAGAUCACAUAUUUAUUACCAAAGUUUAGAAACAGGCAAGACAACGAGCAAGUUUUAAAGGGAUAUUACAUAUUUCUGGUGUUUCAGCUUUGUAUGACUGUUGUUGCCGUGCGUGUUAACACUUAGCAUCAAACCAUAAAUGUGUCUUUUGAUCCACUGAAUACUUGACGCGAUUACGUACAUGACACUGAGCAGGAGAAGCGUCUGGAACACCAAACCGGCUCGCUGCAGCACUCCCAACACGCGCUGGUGUUGUUGUUACAGCUUCCUCGAUUGUGCUUGUGUGGCCUCAUCAAACUACAACAUUCAGUGCUUUGCUCGCUGUUUGCUCGAUAUAUCGUGCGUUGUGCAUUUCAUGGCCGCUGCUUACAACAGAGCAGCUGCUUACAGAUGUUUUCAUCAUGUAGCAGCUGUCCUGUUGCACUCUGACAACAAAAAAAAAACAAAAAAAACUGGUCUGGGGCUGGCUGUUCCUCAUCUGGAAAUUGCUAUAGAGAGCCCCCCUCCCCUCAGAUACAUUCAUCAUUAAGUUGCACUCACAUUUUAUGGAACAAAAACACACGUAGCAAAAUCUUCACAUGCAGUCUUAUGAUUAGGAGUAGUGUAGGUGGUUGCGUUCUCUACAGCAGAUUAUGAAGGCUUUCCUUGGGAAUAUUUAUUUGAGACCGUCACAGCCUGAAAUCUCAAAGUGAUUUCACCUCUUCAGAGAAUGAUUUUUCCGACUGUUUAAGCCAUAUGAAUUUAGUGAUUCUCUUGUGCUCCUUUAUUCAACAUACUCUCCUGAAGUCACUUUAAUGUUUGUGUUUUUUUACCUCAAGCUGAACCUGCUUCAUCUGUUUUUUUGGUUUUUUUGUACACUUAACUGAUGAACCCGUUAUUUAUCUUGGAUUGCACUGGCUCUUGUCUAUUUACAGUGUUUACAUGUGCUGGAGGAUAUUGCAGACAGUAAAUGUGUCACAGGCUCGACUACAUUAGUGAGAGCGAUUAGGCAAGGCUUGGUUUUGAUAGACCUCGUGGCACCACACAGCCUUGCACAGAAGCCUUUUGAUCCUCUUUGCCAAACUACUGCGGUAGAAUCUCUAACGUAACAUCCCUGUUAUAGGAGCGAAUGGUUUAAUACGAUUUUAAACUCAGAGCUACAGAGUUUUGUUUAAUCUUCAUGUCUCGACUGUUUUGUUUUCAUUAACUAAAGAGCAUCGUUUGUAUUGUAUUACUGUUUUGCUGCUUUUCAUAAACAGGUGAGCGGUAGAGCAUAUCACAUUUGUUAUCGCCCAUCAGAUCAUAAAAGGUCCUGUUGAGCAGAUUGAAGGUCAUGUGUGAUGGUGAUGGUAAAUCACAUUUUUUUUUAAUGAAAUCAGUGUGCUAAGUUAGAAGUGAUCCGAUGUGGAAACCCCCCCCCUCAUGAAAACAUGGUUUUAAUAAACAUGUGAAUGGUUA